AUGGCUGAUUCAGAUGCCUCCAAACCACGCAGUGGUUGGUUCCAGUGGGCCCUGCGACGUCUCUGGCGAUUAGGGAGGCCAGGGAGACGUCCUGUGGUUUCUGAAAACGAAGAAAAGUACAAUGGCAACAACUUACCUACAAUUGGUGCUCCGGUUGCCUUGGUUCACGAAAAAAGAGAAGACAAAAAUCCACUGGAAACAGCCUUUAGGAGGAUAAACAAGGCUACAGUCGGACCAGAACUUCAAGAAAAAGAGCUGGUAGAUCUUGAACGAUCGAAAAAGUUGGCCGAACUCGAGAAACUAGUCAAUGACUUGAAAUCGUCAGCUGCAAGAAACACAGUAUCAACAGGUUCAAGCCAAACAUUCACAAAUCAAACGGGUUCAAACCAAACGUCCAUAAAUCAAACAGAUUCAAAGCAAGCAGUACCAGAUGCGACAGGCUCAAAGCAAGCAGCCUCAGUAUCAGUAAUAUCUUCUGCUCCUCGUGUUUUACCCGUGCAGAAACCAAGACCCAAUGUCUUUACGAAUACAUUGAACAAAAGAGCUCAAGAACUCCUUAUUCGUGACUUGCAAAAUGCGUCUGCUGCAGCGAUAGCUAAACAACGCGGUUUACGGCAGAAAUCAAAAAUCACGAAACCUGGUCUGCCAUCCACCAUUUCGAUUCCACGACCAACUGUGCCUACUAUGGGUCGUGGACCCAAAGUUUACAAAAAAAAGGUCACUUCAUCAAGUCCUCGGCCUGCUCAGAACUCUGGUCAGAACUCUGCCCAGAAUACUACUCCAAGACCAAGCGAUGCCAUAUCUCCUGCCUCAUCUUCUGCCUUACCUCCUGCCUCAUCUUCGGCCUCACCUUCUGCCGUACCUUCUGCUGUACCUUCUAGCUCACAUCCAGAAUCGCUUCCUUCGAGCUCUGUACCACAACCUAGUCCAAAGCCGCGAAUAGUGCUCACCGGAUUUGAUAAGCUCGUCUCCAACAAAAGGGAAAAAGAAAUAGCGGAACGAAUGAGAAUGUCUCGUCCUACAAUCUCGAUCCAGAGUAUCGUACGCACCAAUAAUACUGGCCCACCUCAGACAAAAGAUGUGGACUCAACUCAGACGAAAGAGGUGGAAGAAAACACUAGUUUCGGAGAAGAAUUUUACCACUCGUGGGUCAACGGUACGCCGCGAGACAACGUGCCUCAUACAAAGAAAGUGAAAGCUAUACGGAUUAAUCCUUCGUCAUCUGAGGGGUCCAGGUCUCCAUCACCCACAGGGACAAAACCCAGCAAGGUUGAUAAAAAGGAAAAACGAUUGUUCGUUUAUUCGGACUCUGAAGACGAAGAAGUCGAAGAAGUGAGCAACCACCAAAGUGACGAUGCUCCUGUCGCUAAAAGACAAAAACCCUCUUCAUCAUCUCAGGUGGCCGUCAUUACGCAACACACACCAAACAAAAACUUGGUCACUUUACCCCCAAUUGCCCAUCUUCAACAAUCAACUCCAAAUCAAGUUGUUCUUCCUCCAAUACGAAACCUCAACACAAAAUUUCAACUGUCACCACAACCUCAGCCUCCUACCCCACAGAAUGUCGAACAUAGGCUACAAUUAAAACUGGUGGGUCCAAGGCUGUCUCCAAUAGCUGCUCGCUACUCGCAAAGUUCCUCGCUGCAAAAUUCAUAUGCUAGUUCCCAAUCAGUACAAAACACUCCGGUUCAAUUUGAGCGACCUCGAGUUCUUCCUAUCAAACUGAAUUCCAGGCAGAUUGCUGAUGUGAUGCGAGAUCGCUACUCUCAGACAGAAAACACUAACGUGAACGGCCAGCUUAGUUAG